AUGGAUUAACUAUAAUAUUUUUUUGAAUUAUGGCUUAAUUAAAUUAUGAAGAAUAUAAUAGUCAAAAUCAUAGUUGAAUUAAACCAGAUUUAAGAGGAAUGA